AUGGCGUCGUAUACUGAUGAACUAGAACACACGACCAUUUACAAGGGAGUGCUAGACGAUAGUGAAGAAAGCGACGGAGAGGGUGGUCUUGGUAAUUUGAAUCGCUUGAUCGUGAGGCCUCCGGGGCACAGCGGGAAGGCCAAGCGAGGACAGUUGUGCUUCGACGCAGCUUUUGAAUGCGGGAACUUGGGACGCGCUGAUCACAUUACAGAACUGGAGUACGACUUGUUCAUUAGGCCUGACACUUGUAGGCCUAGAUCCCGGUUUUGGUUUAAUUUUACCGUCGAGAAUGUUAAGCAGGACCAAAGGGUGAUUUUCAAUUUAGUGAAUAUGGGAAAAGAAUUAACCUUGUUUAACGGAGACAUGACUCCCCUUGUGCGAUCUACGUCACGUCCUAAAUGGCAGAGAAUACCGAGACGAUUAAUCUUCUAUCAUAGAUCAAUGGCUCACAGGGGACGUAAGAUAUUAAGCAUAGCGUUUGCAUUCGAUAAAGAAGAAGACAUAUACCAAUUCACUGCCGCCGCGCCGUACUCAUACUCGCGGCUCCAAAAACACUUGACUACGUGGGAAAAAAAAGCUCACGAUUUCGCUACGAGAGAAGCUAUCGCUCAAACUACGCAAAAGCGACGAAUCGAUCUGAUAACUAUCGGCGAUCUUAAUUUCAAGAAUGAAAAUCAAAUGAGCGAAGAACAUCAAAAGGGUAAAACUGACCAGAAAAAGAAAGUUGUUCUGAUCAUUGCUCGAGCUCAUGGCGGAGAGCCUCCAGCAUCUUUCAUAUGCCAAGGUCUCCUUGACUACAUGCUGAGUUCGUCAGAGAAGGCUUUAACACUGCGGAAAGGCAUCGUUAUACAGGUGAUACCGAUGCUGAACCCCGACGGUGUAUUUCUGGGCAACCAACGCGCCGAUCUGUUUGGAGCCGACCUAAAUCGUUCGUGGAACAGAGCUACGACCUUUGCUCAUCCCGCUCUAGUUGCUGUUAACGAUCUUAUUAAGAAGCUUACUGCGGAGAAGGGCGUCCAACUGGACUUCAUUAUUGAUUUACAUGCUGAUAUAAGUCAUGAAGGAGUUUUUGUUCGCGGGAAUUCAUAUGAUGACGUCUAUAGGUUUGAGCGUCACGCAGUGCUACCUAAAUUCUUAGGUGGUCGUAUAGAAGCAUGGAAACCAGAGAUUUGCCUUUACAACGCUGAUCCUAUCGUCGCUGGCAGCGCACGACGAGCUCUUCCAGUUGCUGGCAACAUUGACGCUUAUUCAAUUUUAGUAUCGCUUGGUGGGAGACGGCUUAAUCCCAGAGGACCUUAUUUACAUUACACUGAAGAUGCUUAUACAAAAAUAGGCAGAUCACUCGUGAAAGGGUUAUGUGACUACUACCGACAUAUUGGAAUAGUAGCUCCAAGGUUAGGAAUUUCUAGCAAGAAAAAGGAACCCAGGGGCAGGCGUCGAAAGAGACGUCCUAUUACUGGACGAGAGAGAUCUCCCAGCAGCUCUCCUGAAAGACGUGCAGUUCCUGCUCGUGUAGUCUCACCUCCGCUGCCUGUGGUUUAUCCGCCUGCUUUAAAAGCAUUGCCUCCGAGGAGUUCACGCCACAUAACUUUACGAGCCAGACCUCGAACCGUGCCCGAUACUAAUUCUUUAUUACCUUUCAUAACAGGGACGGCAGUCAGAACUCCGCGGUUGUCGGUCGUGGAUAUGAGCGCAUAUAUUCGUACUCCGACUGAUGCAAAAAAUCCACCCGUGAGCUUAUUGAGGCUCGCUAGACCUCCUCGCCCCUCGCACGCUAGAUUUACAAGCGACGAGUACGACACUCAUGAUUCCGAUUCAUGAAAUUCAAACGAAAAGGCUGA